CCCUCUCACAAGCACACCUUCGCGUUAACCACAAAAUGGGCAACGACAUCUCCAAGGCACGUUCCCUGGCCCUUAGUUCCUUCCUGGUGAACUUCGCGACUCAAACGUACGGGAUGCUCACGAGCCCAAAUAUGAAGGAAGUGGCUGAUGCAAAUCACUUCGCCUUCUCUCCCAACCCUUGGUUCAUAGCAGCUUUCUUCUCCGGCCAAGCAGUCCUGCAACUGUAUUGGAUCCGUCAGCUUUUUCUAUUACCGCCGAAUGGCUACAAACCGUUAACCACUGGACCAGCCAGCGAAUCGACUGCGCUUAGAAAUGAUGACAAGGUGUUGGACGACCAAGCGGCGAUCGACGCUACUGUGAACUAUGUCCCUAUCUUCGCCUUGGGUAACUUGUGCAUUGCGGGAUGGUUGUAUUUCUGGCUGCAGGAGGAUUUCAUCACUUCCCAGGUUUUUGUCACGAUCAACACCUUCGCCCAGCUAUAUGCAGUAGCUCGUCUUCCUCCUGUUACAAGGUCGAGCCCAGCGUUGUUGCAUAUUACGAACUUGGUAGCAAAUACCUUCGCUGGUAUUGGCGUCCUUGAUUUCAUUGACAACGGAGGUGUCGCCUUGCAAUAUCGCGCUACCCCCUCGACUAUCGUACAAGCGCUCACCUACGGGUUGUUCCCCAUCGCCGCUGCGGUGUCUACGCCUUUGUUCGGGUCCAUACUUGCCUACGACUUGGUUGCUUUGUGGGCGGGACAACGCUUCGGUGGAGGGACAAGAACGAACGAAUGGGGCAAUGGACUCGGUCUGACAGCUUUAAUAGUUAGCGGGAUCGCAGCCAUCAAAGGAUUGCGCCCUUUAAGCGCGAAACUGUGGCAGAAGAGACGUGAUGAGCAGCCUAGAGAUACUUAGUUCAUUCGAGCAAAUAGAUUGCCUGGUGGCAU